AGACGCAGGUAAAUCGGGUGUUUAGCCAGGUAGAUCAGCCGUCAGACGUGAAAGAAGUAGGAGCAGGUAUCAGAUAUAAUGGCAGGUGACAUCCAACCUGAACUUUUCUCUGAUCCUUUGGCUGAUCCUAUUGUCAAAAUCACAGAUGCUUCUAAAAAAUUAAAGAUCCUGGGAUUUGUACUGGAAAUGGGUUUGUUUGAUGAACUGGAACAGAGUUCUAAUUGGGAGACUGUUCCAACCCUGGCUAUUAAACUAGGGUAUGACAGGGAUGCUUUACAGAGAAUAUUGAAUACGCUUGUCUGUUUCAAAUUACUUGACAAGAAAACAACUAACGGAUGUACAGUAUACCACAACACACCUGCAACCAGUAAAUACCUGAUAUCAUCCAAGAAACCCAGUCUUAUACAUUUUAUUCUGAGUGAAAUCAACAUGGUGAUGGCGAUGUAUGAUACUUUACCUGCGGUUCUUAGACAAGGGACGACGGAUAACAUCACCCAAGUCUUUGGACGUGGUAAGAUGGAUGAGAUACAUAUGACGUCAUUAACAAAACAACUGAACAGAACCAACCUAGAAACCAUGAAAGUACCGAUGGAGAUUCCACUGGAUAAAAACCAAAAUCCUGUUCCAACAAACGACAAGCCAAAGAAAAAACCUUCACCAAUAAAUUUUAUGUUAGCCAUGAAUGGUUUCAUCGCUCCAACGGCAUCAAUGAUUACUAAAGCGUUUGAUCUCAGCGGACAUAAAUCACUCCUAGAUCUUGGAGGUGGUUCCGGAUAUCUGGCAAGUGAAUUUGUUCGAGUCUACCCUGGUUUGAAAGCUAUGGUAUUUGAUCUACCAGACACAAUAAAAAUCGCAAGACUACAACAAGAUGAAGAGAUUAUGUCCAAUGUUUUAUUUGUUGAAGGUGAUUUCUUCAAAGAUAAUUUCCCACCAACUGACUUGAUAGUUUUAAGUCACGUGAUUCACAACUGGGAAAGGAACAAAGUUGAUGUCAUUCUGGACAAAGCUUUUAACCGAUUACCAUGUGGAGGUGAAAUAAUAAUAGCAGAAAAGUUUUUAAAUGAGGAUAAGACUGGACCAGAGACCAGCAUUCUAUUUGAUCUAUCCAUGUGUUUAUUCUGCAAGGGAAGGGAGAGAACUCAGACAGAAUAUAGACAAUUACUUCAUAACCAUGGGUUCAGAAAUAUUGAAGCUAAAAUAAUUGAAGGUGUCAACUAUCAUGACGUCAUUAUCGGCCGUAAGCCGUUUUAAAAAAGACCUUCCGCAUCGGUACGAAAACGAACACCAAAACGGGUUGACGUCACAAGUACACACGAAUCGAUGACGUUUUCGUAUUCGUUUUCGUACCGAUGCGAGUGGCCCCUAAACUAAAGGGCCAUUUAUACUGAGUGAGAACUUCCGAACGUGACCACUGACCAAUGACCAAUUUGACUGUCCGUACGAAUCAACAUUCACAGAUGAAACAGGGGCAUUGAAGAUUUGACCUUGUAUUCCUGUUGGCCAAUGAUUCUGAUUGGAUAAUUUAAAAUCUUCGCGCUCAGUAUAAACGACCGUUUAAGAGGAAUUAUGUUAUAGCUAAUCUGUAUAUUACAGGUCUUUCUUUUGCCCUCAAAUAUACUAUAAAUUAUUAAUCAACUCUAGACCAUCGGGUCGUCACUUUUUUUAAUGGAUUCAAACCAGGGCCGUAACUAGCUCAUAGCAACGAGGGUGUGCUGUAAAAUUAACGGACAAUGUUUAUCUAGGGGUUUUUAUGGUCGAUAAUUUUUUUUUGCAUGGUGGGGGGGGGGGGACUUUCCCCCCCUAGUUACGGGCCUGACUGAAAAACUAUCGACCUUUAACAAUUUAACUUGAAAAUGUAUAAUCUGGUUUUUUUUAUCCCAACUAUAGUAGUAACGAGAAUUGAGACUGCGAUAUUCUUAUCGAAACUUCAAACAGUGAUAAUUUUGUUCAGAUUAAAUAGUUUCACUGAAGUUUCCAAUAUAUUCCCGUUUCAUUAACUAAUUUGUAACUUUUAUAGCUUGAAAUGUCGGCUCUUUAUCUAAAUCUUACAGGCGGUAUUUUAAGAAUUUACUAUCGAAGUUGGGGGGUUGGAUGGUCGAAUGGUUAGCGCGUGUGCGCUGUAUCAUAAGGUCUGUCAUUGAGUCAGCUGGCGUGGUUUCGAUUCCCCGGUUGUACGUGACAAGGAGUAGGGUCGCCUGUCCAACCUCGUGGGUUUUCUCUGGUUCUCCGGUUUCCUCCCACUGCUAAAGAUUCCCACGCAAAUUAUUGUAAUAAAAUUGCACCAUGUGUUAGUCCCGAAAUGACCUAGUUUGUGUCGAGUGGACGUUAAAUCCUCUCUCUCCAUGUUACCCGUUUUAUAAUUAUGAAUAAGGUGUUGGUUGUAAUCCCAAUCUGUUUAAAAGACAGAUCCUAUUUCGUUUCGUUUUUGAUAGUUCAAAAUUUCGUUUUACUUGUCUUUACUACACUAGGAACUGGUAGAGUGUUAUCAUUGACGUGUUCUGGAUGAUGAGAGGGAUUAGCCAAUGAAACGGUCUGUUACAGCGAGCUUUUGAUGUGAGCUGUACGGAGCUGUGGGUAAUCCACUAGAAACAUCUGACGUCAUAGGGUCAAAAGCCGCUCGUAUGACCUCGUAAAUCUGUAUUUUAAACAGAUUGGUUGUAAGAUCCAUAUUUCGUUUCAUUUUUUAUACUUUCGAUGGCCAUCACGACGUGAAGUUCUAACCGGUUGUAGUUUGAGGUCGCGUCGGGGGUCAUACGAACGGUAUUUGACUCUAUCGUGUCAGUCAUUCGAUUAGCCAAUCAGUACUUUGUUUUUAUAAAUAUAAUCUUUAUUCCAAACGACUUCUGUGAAUUUACAAGAAUGGUAUUAACAAUAACAAAAUAACAAUAAAUAAUAUUACGAUAUAUUUACAUUAUAUUAUUGACAAUGAAAUGAACAGCGGGUAUUAAUUAUUAUACAAUAUGAUCAUGUCCAGGAUAAUAACCCGGUUAUUUAAACAUACAUUUUGACGUCACGUUAAUAAUGAUGUCAUUGUAUUAAUCAUAUUAAACAUACAUUAUACAAGAGCUAAAUCUGCCUAUUGCAGGUCUUUCUUUGGGCCUGACAUGUUAUAAAAACUAUUAAUUAGACAUUAAUUAACAUAUCCAGACCAUAAUCAGCUCUCGAUGUCAAGGCUUGCCUGCGAUAUUUGUUGGAUUACAGUCCGAUUUGCUGCAAAACUUUCCUUCGUGAUUAACGAUUAAAUGGAUAAUCAAGACUAUUAGUUUUGUCUUAUCGACUUCAGUAAUGAUGAUCGAGGCUAAGCGGAACUUGCAUCCGCUUAGUUCUCGGUUCAUAGUGGAUCAAUUUGACUGAAAUUUUCAGCAAGUUGCCUUUACAUUGUGUAGUUUUUAACUAUUAUAGUGAGAACUGCCAACUCGUUAUCUAAUCUCCCAUAAUGUAUCUUUAAUAAACACAUACUUAUGGAAAAACAGCUACUUGAUUUAUUUGGGCGACGUUUCGAAGAGUAUUAGCUUGAUAACGUUGAGAGAAUACUCUUUGAAACAUCGCCCAAAUAAAUCAAAUAAGUAUGUGUUAUAAUUUAUUGCUCUAUACGAGUUACUAAAUACAUCUCAAAGAUCGCUAUGCAACACGUGGUUAUUUAAAAUGUCCAAGUAUUAUAAUAUGAAAAGAAUACGUUAAAAGCUACAGCUUUUCGCUGUCACAAGGUUUUCGACAAAGCGUGAGCGGGCUUUGGAACGAACUAUCUACGAAGAAGUUGGAUAUGAUAGGGUUCGUCCUCUUAUGACUACUAUGAUUCCAACAAAAUUUGAAAACCUUAAAUUAAAAACUGUAGUCCCUAUCGUGUUCACAAGGUUUUCAAUAAAGGGGACACAUCUAUGGAACAAGAGACCGCGGAAAUGUUGGCGCAGUAUGACAAUGAAACUUAAAGCGAAUAAAUCAACUGUAACGCAACCAGAACAACCCAUUUUUUGUAUUUUAUUUUUUUAUUUUUUAUUAUAUAUAUAAACAAUAUAAAUUAAAACAACUGAUGAUUCUAUUUGAUUAAAAAUUGAUCGAUAGCUGUC